AUUCCUCACGAUGCUCCACUUCUCUCCCUUUAGGCUCCAAUUCUCAGAUCCUUCCUUCUCUUAUUAAUCCUCUCAAUCACUAUUCUUUCGCUGUCAUUCUCCUUUCAAUUCAAUCCUAGCUUCUCUGUUUUUGACUUCUCUUCAUGGAGAAUUGUCUCCGCCAUCUUCCCAACUUCAUUAUCCCUUCUUCUUCUUCAGCGUUGUUCUCCUCUCCUAAGCCCCAAUUGGCCUGUAAUUUCCCUCACAAGGCCGUGGUUUCUUCUCCAUUCAGGCCCUUGUAUGGUAUUUUUGACCCCCUGAGCCGCUGCGGCCGGGGGCCGAUGAAGAUUGUAGCGAGUGCCGGCGCGACUCCCUGCGAGUUCACUACGUUGAGCUCGAACUCGCCCCUCAAGCUUAAAACGCCGGUGGGUAAGUUUCUAGGCGGCGUCUUGCAGAACCAUCGCCAGUUGUUCCACCUUACCGUCAACGAAGAAUUGAGGCUUUUGUCUGAUGAUCGAGAGGCUGCAAUUGCCCGCUUGGCACUUAGUGCGGGUUCUGAUGAGGAAGUACUUCACAGGAGGAUUGCGGAAAUAAAAGAGAAUCAAUGUCAAAAUAUUUUACUGGAUAUCAUGUAUUUGCUGAUCUUCUACAAGUUUUCUGAGAUCAGGGUUCCUUUGGUUCCCAAGCUGUCCAGAUGCAUCUAUAAUGGUAGGCUAGAGAUAUUGCCUUCGAAGGACUGGCAACUAGAAUCCAUUCACAGUUUGGGAGUUUUGGAUUUAUUAAAAGAACAUGUAACAACUUUAACUGGCUUGAAAGCAAACUGUAGCGUGAGAGAGACUUGGGCAAAAACUAAGAUUAGACAUUUCAUGCUUGCCCAAAUCUACGUUGCCUCGAUAUUAUAUGGUUACUUUCUGAAGUCAGUUGCAUUGAGGUACCACCUGGAUCGAAGUUUAUCUUUGGGUAAUGAUGAUCUUUGUUUCAGUGGUAGGACUGGCCAUUCAUUUCAUGAUUUUUCUCAUUAUAGAUUCAGUGAUAUGAUCUUUGGCCGUAGGAAUAACCUGUCGUCUGUUGAUCAAAGGCAGGAAGAGAAAACUGUAGAUUUGAAAGACUAUCUAAUGGGAUUUCACCCUGGGUCACUGCAGAGAUGUGCUAAUCUGAGAUCUGAAGAGGCUCUGAAAUUGAUACAGGGUUAUGGUUUUGCUCUUUUCGGCAAUGAGAAAUGUGAGUUGGUCGAGAGUGAUGAUGUCAUUUUAACUUCAUUUUCUAGCUUGAGGAGGUUGGUCAUGGAAGCUGCGGCUUUCGGAUCAUUCCUUUGGGAGGCAGAAGAUUACAUCGACAAUGUAUAUAGGCUUAGAGAUAUGUAAAUAGUGUAGAGGCACAUAUGGCCAAUAAAGUCCUUCACUUAUUGGGUGAAUGCUCUUUGUAUAUACAGUGAGUUCCAAUUUCUGCUCAAGUGACGGGAUAUCUUCCUUUCCUUGUAUAGCGUUGGCAAGGGAUGUUUUCAGAAGUUAAUUAGCAGAGUUGAGUUGAAAGAACUCUAACAGCGUGUGACACUGUGCAUAUCUCUAUAUGUGAAUAUUAUUCAGCUUUUCAUAGGC